GAGCGGGGCGGAGGCGGAGCGCUGCGAUGUGCAGGAUGUCGUUCAAGAAAGAAACACCACUUGCCAAUGCUGCAUUUUGGGCUGCAAGAAAAGGAAACCUGGCUCUCCUCCAGCUGCUGCUGAACAGUGGGCGAGUAGAUGUGGACUGCAAAGACAGCCUUGGCACAACAGCUCUGAUGGUAGCAUCUUACUAUGGCCACAUAGAUUGUGUACGGGAAUUGGUGUUGCAAGGAGCAGAUAUCAAUCUGCAGAGAGAGUCAGGUGCAACUUCUCUGUUCUUUGCUGCACAGCAAGGCCACAAUGAUGUAGUGAAGUUUCUCUUUUCAUUUGGAGCCUCGACUGAAUUUAAGAAUAAAGACGGAGGCACAGCUCUCCUGGCUGCCUGUCAGUACGGGCAUGCAAAAGUAGUGGAAACUCUGCUGAAGCACGGCGCCAACAUUCACGAUCAACUCUAUGAUGGAGCUUCUGCAAUUUUCCUGGCGGCACAAGGAGGCUAUCUGGAUGUCAUCCGAUUGCUGCUUUCCUCAGGAGCAAAGGUUAACCAGCCACGACAGGACGGGACAGCUCCCUUGUGGAUUGCCUCACAGAUGGGUCACAGCGAAGUGGUGCGAGUGAUGCUGCUCCGGGGAGCUGAGCGAGACGCCGCACGGGAUGAUGGUACCACUGCUUUACUGAAGGCUGCCAUUAAAGGCUACAACAAUGUGAUAGAAGAGUUGCUGAAAUUCUCUCCCACACUUGGCCUGCUGAAGAAUGGGACCUCUGCUCUCCAUGCAGCCGUCCUGAGUGGCAACGUGAGGACAGUGGCGCUGCUCCUGGAGGCAGGAGCAGAUCCAUGCCUGAGGAACAAGGCAAAUGAACUGCCAGCAGAACUAACAAAAAAUGAACGCAUCCUCCGACUGCUCCGUGCAAAGGAAAAGCAAAGGAAAAGCUAAUGCAGCCCUAUGGCAGAUGCAGUUUGACCGAGAUGUGCCCUGACCACAAGUAGCAUGACAGUAAUCCUAGGUUGGAACAGUUUGCAGAACUCAUCAGCCUGUCCAGUACAUGCACCCUGAACGCACCAGGCCCUUGCCACAGGGCUGCCACGGGCUGGGGCCUCUGCCUGGCAUGGCUAAACGCGGGACCGUGAGAGAGCAGGGGUGGCCCAGCAGCUGCCUCUGCACAACAGCCCUGCCUGUCCUCCAGGAUCCCACCAAUCCCAGCACCGACGUUUGCUCCCCACGCAUCCCGGCACAGGCAAACACUCCUGCUGCUUCAGACACACAUCCCCACUCUGUCAUGGCCACACACCUGUGACAACGUGGGUAGGGAGCACUCGGCCCUUGUGCCAGAAGGAUACCCAGACCUUGCAGCUGUUUGGAUUCAGUUGGCCACGGAGCAGCCCCAUGACACCCCUGCCCUCCCUUUGCUGACAGUGACCAUUCCUCUCUACUUCCAAGUGCCACGUGAGACUAGAGGUGAGAUGCUGCCGGAGCCAUCAUAACAGCAAAAGUUCUCCUGUCAGCCCAGGGCUGAGGUUACAUUUUUUGCUACUACAUGAAGCUCCAUAUAAAUGAUCAAGAGUAUUACAAGGGAUGCCAAAAGCUAGCAACCAAACAAAAAGCAAGGGGAAGUUCUCUCAAUUGCAGCAUCUUGAUCUGCCAAUCUGUCCAGCAACAGAAACACAGCGGAGCAGUUUAUUUUGUGAUGCCUACGCGGCUUAUGGGGAUCCUUCCCCAACCCUGUGUGCAUUUUUGUGGGUAGAGGAAGACUGGCUGCUGAGCAAACCAGCCAUGCCCAAAAGGGCAUUUUUCCACAGGUGCAAGUACAUCAGAAGCUCAGCUGUCAGGCACAACAAACUGCACAGAUGCUACACAAGUGGUAUUUGUAUGUUCUGCACCCAGAUGUGUGACACUAUGGUUUACUGUGCUACUAUGCAAAGCAUUCAUUCCCCAGGUCUGUGGCAGGAGCUAAGGGAGAAGUGCACAGUGUACAGGUGUUUCAACAGUUGGUGAGAGGGUUACACAUAGCCAUACUUGAACAGGCCCACUAAUUAUUGCAGAUGUGGAAAAUGAAGUCUGAACAGCAGUUUUGGCCUUUAUUGUGGUUAAGACACUUAGACAUGCUACUAGUGCCUGUGUGGAGAAGGCAGUGCAAAUUGCAGGCAGCUUGUGAGGAGCUAUGUUUUAACCACGUUGCUCUAAGACACCCCAUUAAACCCCAGUAAUUUCUGCAGUAUAAACAGUAUAUAACAUGUCCUGUUAGCCACAAAAACAUUAGCGAUUAAUUUACAGUGAGUUGAGGUAAAAAGUUAGUUCAGUACAAAAAUCCAGGCACUUCACCCACUUUCUAACCUUGGCAAAUUACUGAAUUGCUUUACAAGUUGAAGACAAGGAAGAUUGUAAGGACACAAAAUAAUUCUUGCUUAAGAAAUGUCUGCUUAUGUUUCAGCUGAACUGCUGCAUUUUUUGCUUUGGUGAGUUAAAAGGAAAUCUGUAAGUGAUCUAAAACAAAUGAAUGUAGUUUAUGUAUUGCAAAUUAGCCAUAUGAAAUAUCAAAUUAUAAAGUUAUUCUUUUUGUGAGUAAGUUAGGUAAGAAGUCAGUGUUCUGGUGAAGAGAACAGAACAAGGUAUACCUUUUCUUGCAUGCUGGAAUUCCUAUUCAAUUUCUAUUCUGCAUUAAAUAGGAAAGCUUUAAGUUUUCCAACAAUGUAAUAAGAAAAAUUUAUCUGUUUAGGUAAUUUAUGCUGCUGUAUUUUUAAAUUAAUGUUGUGCCUAACAGAAACUUGCAGAUGAACUGGUACAGAACCAAAGAAUUAUGCAAGAUGCUUAAAGGAUGACUGUAUCCAGGGUUAAGUUCUGCAAAAGACCAAAAAAUAUUGAGCAUGCAGAAAUCUCAAGAGCCUUAUUGGGAUCUUAAAUUGCACAGCAUUACAAGGGACUGCACUCUAACUUCUUUAACAAACAACACUGGAGAAGACAUGUUUAUUUGGAGCCUCUAGUGGACUGAAGAUGAGCAUACUAUUUUGGAGAACAGUAGAAGGACUCUGGGCAGCCUGGCCUCAAUACUGAACUUUCACCCUAAAUUUUCUACAGAUCAACAACUGGCAACAACCACACUCUCAAGGUGAAAAGCCCUUUCAUAUUUGUAAAGGAAGUGAAUAAUCAUUAGAAGGUCUUCAGUAGCUAUGCAAUAAAUACUCUUAAUGUCACAAAGGCUGUAAUAACCACACAGUCCUCCUAAAAAUGUAGACGCAUCCAUUUUUGGUGAGGGUCUCCUAUUUUUUCCUGAUAGCAGAGCAUAGGAGAGAGGACAAGGCAAGCCAACAGUGGUACUGCAACAGCUGAAGUAAGGAAGCUGAGGCAACAAACACGUAUCUGCUAUCUACAGGUGGCCCUUCCUUUCUGCCAGGUAUGUUUUCUUGGGAGAGUUUUCUCGGGAGAGUUUUCUCAUCCCAAAGGGAGCAGUUACUCAGCAAAGAGCUUCUUCAACUAUGCCUGUCCAUAGGAAGAUGCAUGUUUGCUCCUCAUCACCUUCUGAGAGGAUGCAGCUACCAGGGGUUUUUGUUUGUUUGUUUGUUUGUUUUUGUUGUGGUUGGUUUUUGUUUGUUUGGGUUUUUUGUUUUGUUUUUUGGGGGGGGUUGUGGUUUUUGGUUGGGUUUUUUGGGGUUGGUUUUGUUUGUUUGUUUGUUUGUUUGUUUGUUUUUGAGUGAUCUUGUGCUAUAAUGGGCUUUUCUUAUUUCUGAACAACAUUUGAAAUGUGGGGCUAGCACAGGUUAAAGGGAGAGAUUUGUUGGUCUCUUCUUGUUAGUGCUUGUUAGUGCUGGCUGAUACAGCACACAGGCUGUCUGGGGGAAGCUGUCGUGGAGAACUGGCACUGAAGUCUUUCUCUGCCUGAUUCAGGCUGAAGUUGAAUCUAGCUUCAGCAAAGACACUAUUCAACCAAAAUGAGACUUCUGGCAUGGAAACCUUCUUUUUGGGAGCAUUUUCAUCUUGGAGCCUUUGGAGAGAGGGAUGGUUUCAGUUUUGGGCUCCCUGUAACCCAAAGGUGCUUAAUCUGCCUGUAUAUGGGCUCUAAAGUUGCAAUACUGUUUAUCACCAUGCAAUUAAUGUUUUCACAAAGAAACCUUAAUAAUUAUUAGUAUUUAUCUAUGUAGCUGUUGUUAUCUUUAAAGUGCUGGUAAAUACUGCUGUGGUUUGUUUGUUGUAUUAAAAUGGAAGCCCCUUUUCCCUUAGUGGCUGAAGUGAUUCACUAAUAUUGACAAUUGUUCCUUGCAUAGUUGUGGUGCCUUUUGUGUAAGGUUUUCCAAGUGCUCUACAGACAUUAUUAUCUUUGUAAGUUCCAAAAUGCAUCACUGAGGUAAGCAAGGAAGUAAAUUAUUUCAUUCACAGACCAGUGAAACACAGCAGCUCUUCAUCAGUUCAUGUCAACAGGAAAGAGUAAAUUUAGACAUUUAGAUUCAGAAAUUAUAAUAAUAAAAAUAAUUUCAUAGAUGACAGGAUGAAGAUAGAUAUAAUAUAAAGAUGUGAAAUAGAAAUGGGACAGAAUAACACAACAUUUUUUUUUUCUAAGUUGGGUUUUAGGGUUUCUUUUCCCUUUAAAUCUCCAUCUUACACCCAAAAACAAUAAGCUCCACUAGCAUACUGAUUUCAGGUUUGCUUCUUUGCACAUUCAGAGCCAGAAGCUCAGCCUGCUAUCGCUUCUACAUUUAUGCAGGUGCUGUUAGCCUAGUGACCUUCCAUCAGCUGUGAGUACAACGGAUGUGCAACCAAGCAAAAUGCCACACCCAUGAGUUGAUGAAAAAUAUAGGGCAUUUUUCUUCUAUUUCACUAGUAUCAAGCUGUCGCUGUUGAUCUUGUUUCAGAGAGAUGAGACAUACUCUUUCAAGAAGCGAAAAAAGCUAAAAUUUUGUUUACAUCCCUUUAUAUGGAGUUUUAUAAACCCUCUCAAGUCUAUCUCCUAUUGGUUGGUAACAAGCUGUUACCCUGUAGUAAUUGAUCAGUCUUGGUGUCUACAUGCAAGAAAGGGUUGUUUGUGAGAUACUGUUUUUGUUCUUUUACUGAGACAGUUGGGAUUGUUGAAACAGUUGCAAGAAAAUAGUCCUGAUCUAUAGAAUUCUUUUUCGCUGUUGCUUCUGUUUUCAUAAAGGGCUGUUCGCUUUCCCACGGCUGUGUUGAACCAAGAUUCAGUAUGCGAGGCCUUAUACAGGACUGCUGCUUGCCACCUCAUCAAGCUGUUGUAGAUGCUGGCGAACCCAAUGGGAAGAAUGAUGAUGUCUAACUCCAGUUCAGAAGGCUGAAUGAUUUCUUUAUUAUAAUUACACUAUAAUACAUUAAUAUACUAUAUAAAAGAGGAUACUAAAAACUACAUGCUACUUUCUCUAACUACCAUAUUUAACUCCCAACUCAUGACCCUGUUCGCCAGAGUCCAGACACAGGUGGAUCUGAUUGGCCAUCAGGCCCAAACAAUCCACCAUGAUCCAACCAAGCAUUUGCUCUAAGUAAACAAUUCUCCAAACACAUUCCACAAGAGAAAAAACAAGGAGCAGAAAUAGAAAUUGUUUUAUCUUUCAUUUCUCUCUGUGCACCUCAAUAAAAAGUCCUGAGAGAGAGAGAAAUGUGCUUGCCACAUUAAGGGUGUCAGGAUCUGCUAUUGGACCAGGGGCUCACCACACUGCAGCCCUUGCUGGACCAAGAAGUGUUUCUUGGUAGGCACAGGAACUUCUCUGUCUGAUUGGAAUUUUAUGCCAAAGGGGGAACAAUUGUUCAGGUGUUCUUUUGAGAAGAGGGAAAGAUGAGCAGGUGCAUUUGAUUCAAGCACUGCUAGUGAAUUGUUGGAGUCCAGGACAUCCCUCUGGCUGCCCUGGCUGUCUCAAGACCCUGGCAGGGAGCUCGGAGACCUUGGCAUGGUGUCAAGAACACGUGUGGUUUCGAUUUUAGCCCGUGGAAAAAGCUGCCAAUUUUGUAUGAGGAAUUACAAGCCACAAGGAUUUGAGUAGUGUGAUAGUUGAAUUAGCACAGGGUGAAAAAGUGGAAUUUUGGGGCUUUCUUAGAAUGGGGUUCAGGGGUACAAGAUGGAGGGAUUUGGGCGUGUCCUAGCCUUCUUCUCCUUCUUGUCCUCCAUGUCUUGCUGUGAUUGGUGACACUUUUCUAUUGGUUCAAGGUAGAGACACGCUGUCCAACAUAAAUUAUAGAUAUUGGCACAUUAUGGUAAACAUAGCACACGUGGCUUUGAGUAUAAAAUGGUAACACCAACACCGCCCCAGAGGGCACACAGAGUGCCAUGGCCGACCUGCUAGACAGAGCUCUGCAGGUCAGAGAAAGAAUGUUAUAGAUAAGAGAAAAUAAACAACCUUGAGAAGCUGA